UAAGACCAACUCAGUGCAAGUGUUCUGAUAACGACCAGAAGUGAGAAGGGCACACGUGUAGGAUUAGAUUAUUAUUGUUCAAGUAAAAAUCAAAUUUCAAACAGAAGAUGCAGAACGGACUUCAACUAGCCACAGUUGCAUUUCUUGCCGUAUUUACAAUAUGCGCGGCAGCAGAGGAUCACUUUUUCACAAGAAGCACAACACAGAAAGAUGAAAGAUUCAAGUAUAUUCUUCCAUCCAAAGAAGUCGACGCGACAUGCCUAAGUCAGGCCGAAGCCGGGCAUUGUCGGUUUUAUCGCUGCCUCAGAGAAAGAUUCACCUGCGACAAAUUCCAAUACGCCAGGGACGCCGAGUUCAGCUGCAGACGAAUGGGACGCUUUGCUGGUGGUUACGAGCACCGCCAGCUGAUCACGCAGUUCAACAAGUGCAUGAUGAGAAGCUUGUCCCUUGUAUACCAGUCAGGCACCAACAACUGCUUCUUUAUCAAGGAGUUUGGGCAACAGCUUUUUACACAGUGCUUCAUUCAGCACAACCUGUGUGAACUACUGCAAGGCUCUGAAGAUGAAAAACGCGCCUUCCAGCAGAUGUUUGGCAUCAAGACAGUUAUGGACGCUCAGGGCGAGGUAUCAGAAGCUCUCCAAACGUGCAACCUCCAGCAGCUGAACAGCUUCUUCCACUGGAUGACCGCAAGAUGAGGGUCACGUGCCAAGAUGCAACACACCCGAAAGGAUUCUUUCACUAAAAAAGAACGUUGGAAAGAGCAAAUAAAACCGGUUCUUUAUGAGAACGAUGGACUUGAUAGAAUGACUUACCUAGUGUGAGACAACAUGAAUUUACCAAUUUUAAUCGAAUUCUCUUCCACGUGUUGACCCCGACAACACAUAUGCAAGAUAGCUGUGUUGUAGCAGUGUUGAGAAGAGAACCUUGUACUGAGAACAUCUGGCAAAUAUUUUCCCUUUAACGUGUUCUACGUUUCGUAGCGUGAGAGAUCGACAAACUGCAGCUAUACUGGCUGCCAGUGUUAUAUAUUUGAACCCCUCUGUUAGUGUUUAUUGUACAGCAUUAUUUACUUUCCAAAAUGCCUAAAUGAACCACACCCCAAACUUGCACACAAAUAUUUUCAGUGAGAUACUGCUGAAUACACCAGUGUCCAAUUUAUUCAGAGGACACUUUUAUCUAUAAAGACGACUAAGAAUGGGGACAUUUCAUCUAUACUUUAGAAAACGCACUUGAUUAAUGCCAGUGUUAGGAAUAAAAUUGAAUAAAAAUAUCAUAAAUAUCUAUCGAUGAAGUAGACAAUCAUAUUUCUUCUUGAUGUUUUGUCAUAAACUAUACAUAGUGUUAUUUGUGUAAAUAAAUACAAUUUUUAUCCUU